AUGGUCGUGUCUGAAAUCUCAGAGACAUUCCCAAGGGACAGUCUGCAUGAAGGUCAGCAUGUCACCAAGUCGGUCCGGCGGCGGUUCCGUAUCGUACGGAACCUGGACAUUGCGUUCCACUCGCUGCAUAGGGAGACUAAUGUCCCUUGGGACGAGCCUUUAUUCGAACCCAGUCCACCCAUGAUCCGAUUCGCUCACUACCAUGGCAUGGAGAAGCUGAGCAUGACAUUGUCGUUGCGGAAUAAGGACACGGUGUCGAGGCGUGUGCAAGUUCUACCUCCUCAAGUGGACCACUUCAAGGUUACUCGUAAGAGCGGCAAGGAUCGAUACGAUCUCGUAGCCCCUGGUAUGGAAGUGUCGUUUCUCAUCAAAUUCCAUCCCGAUACCCGAGCUGAUUACUGUCAUGAUCUGGAAGUCGUCACCGAGCGAGAGAUAUUCAUAGUCCCUAUACGAGCCUUCGCGGGCGUGCCAAAGCUAGAGGUUCCCCGACGACUCGAUUUCAGCAAUGUCUUAGUCAAACACGGCGAGUCUCGCGUGGUAUAUGUGAGGAACGUUGGCGAUGUAGCUGCUCAGUAUUCUGUCCAUUUAAGCCCCCACGAACGCUCUCUCCAAGAUUCAAUUUCUGAUGUAUUUUAUUGCAUCUCGGGCGGCAGCGGUUUCGUAGAAGCGGGUGAGGGUGUUCAGCUGGAGCUGGGUUUCAGGCCGACUGCUUUGGAACACUACUGUGGGACUGUUACUAUACGCGGAACUCAGACGAGCAUUGUAGAGUGCGAGGGGACAGGAGUCACUGGCGACGUUGAAUUCAGCGCCAGAAGUAUUCAAAUGGACAAUACCUACAUCGCACUAAGUACGCGGAAAAGUUUUGUCAUCAGCAAUAAUUCGGAUGUUAUCGUCGAAUUUUCGUGGCGGGCCUUUGCAAGUGACCAGAAGGAUGCAGAGGAGAGGGAGAAGGUGUUUGUCCAGCUUGGGAAAGAGCAGACUGAGGAGCAGCUCUAUACCCUCGCACUAUGCACUGCUGCUGCUGAGGACCACCAGGGUCGACCGACAGCAGCAAUGUAUGAUGAGUACCCACCGGUGAUACGGAAUAUCCUGGAUAGCAUGACAGGUUGCACAGAGAGUGACAGUGAGAAGAGCUUGGAGGCGAUGGAGAACUCGAAAAUGGAAACACUUGCAAUGCGGGCCCUCCGAAUAAAGUAUGAAAAUAUUACUCAACAGAUCAGGGACGACCCGCUGCUGUUUUAUGACCAAGCGUUUACUAUAGAGCCCGCGGUUGCUACUAUUUAUCCAGGAGCUUCCAAGAUCGUUACAGUGACGUUCGAGCCCAAAGCGGCGAUACAGUACCGUAGUGUAGCGUACUGCAGUGUUACGGGGUCUGUCGAGAGGAUACCUCUGGCCCUGUACGGCACUGGGAUCGGUCCGAAGGCGGUUUUCUCGCAUAGCGAGUUGGAUCUGGAAGAGGUUUAUGUCACAUCUACUCAUCGCUAUGAAGUCGCGUUGGUGAACUGUGGUCAAAUACCAGCGCAGUUCGAGAUCGUUCCGAGGAAAUCAUGUUUCGGCUCGAGAUUCGUGUUCGAGCCUAGCAGUGGCGAGCUGGAAGUCGGCGAGAAAAUUGACAUUGGAAUCAGCUUCAAUCCUAAGGAAAUUGGAUUGUUCCACGAGGUCUUCCACUGUUAUCUGACUGGCACUGUGAUGCCUUUAUCAUUGGCGUUAAAAGGACAGAGUACUGCGCCCAGCUUUAUCUUUGAUGAGGAGUCUAUUCACUUUGGAGUGGUACCAUUCGGCUUUGUCAACACCAGGACUAUCACGCUCACUAACACGUCCGAGGUGGCUUACGGCUUUGGACUGCGUAUCUCUGAGGACGGUCGGCUCGAGGAAAAGGAAUUUGAUAUUACACCGAGCCGAGGCACUCUCGAACCAUCAGGAAAGCAGCUGAUUCGAGUUGACUUCAUCCCUGAGAAUGUGAAGUCAUAUGAAAUGAGCCUACUGGUAGACUUUGAGGAGGUCGGCCAAGGGCUCCUCUCCCUCCCGAUAUCGGCUCGAUGUGAAGCUCCGUCGAUAACGUUCAAUCCGGUCGACAUCCUUCCUUAUGGAGAUGUCUUUAUUCGCUACCCCUACCAUAAACGCCUAGUCCUACGCAACACAUCGUCGCUGGCAGCUAAAUUCGAGAUAUUGAUCAACUCGAACACCUCAGCAGAAUCAGAUCCCAGCACGGUGAUCGCCGAUGUUGAGGUUGAUCAGCCACAGGGAAGAAUCCCCGGGGGAAGCAGUUGUAUUGUAAUGGUUACCUUACGCGCUAGGAGGCUAGGCUCUAUUAAAGUCCCUGUGUAUGUGAAGAUCGGAGGGCAUCCUAUACCUCACCUCGUAACGGUAGAGGCUAGCUCGAUGGGUCCGACAGUUUAUGCGGAGCCAAUGGCCAUUGACUGGGGUAGCGUAAAGUGCCUUGAUGUUGUGUCAAAGUCGAUUAAACUUACCAACGAUUGUUGUAUUCCCGCACACGUACGAGUGCUAUUGAGAAAUCGUACGUCUCCGUGGAGGGCUGAACAGAAAGUGGUCCGUCUCGAGCCGCAGGAAGUCUACGACUAUACUGUCAAGUUGCGACCUGAUGAGGUGCAGAGGUUUGAAGACGUCCUGUACUUCGUAGUUGAAGAAGGGAAAAACUUGGCUGUUGACAUGAAGUGCCGCGGAACCGAGACUACAAUUGUUGGCGAUGAGGAUCUUGGUGUGAUCGAUUUUGGCACUCAGUAUACGACUCAGUCUAUUACGAAGGAACUCGUUCUUAAGAACUCAGGAAGGAAGACUAGGACUGUGACUUGGCUGGUCCGUGGAGAGAUGGCAAGAGAGAAGGCAUUGAAACAGCUUAUAAAGGAUGGGGUUGAUCUAGGGAAGGCCAAGUUACCGGUGGUUCCCUAUACGAUCUAUCCGAGAACAGCUACUCUAGCGAGCAACACCGGAUAUAGAUUUACCGUUACAGCAUGCAGUUCGGUGCAGGGCCUCGUCGAGGACGUCGCGGAGUGCAUUGAGUUUGUUGGUGCUAAUGACAAGAAAGGGAAGAUGAUUUACCAGCCAACUCUAAAGACGAAUUUCGUCGCUCCGCUUUUACAUGUAUCGGAAAGCACUGUACGGUUCCGCUACGUAUGGAGUAGAGAUGAGAAGGAAACUAGUAUGAUUACGCAUCCACUAGCGAUGACCAACACUUCCCCCCUACCUAUAAGCUUCCAAGUUAACGCCGUGGCGCCUUUCUACACCAGGAUGCCUUCUAAUGAGAGAGCUGCGAAUAUGGGAGGAUUUGUUAGCUUGGACCCUAAGGCUACGGUGAAAGUCGAGGUGGACUUUGACCCGUCCUAUAAGGUCGAUCGUCAGAGUGCAGUGAUGGAGCAAAAGCUAUCAAUAACAUACCGGGACCACCCUCAGAACGAUCAGGUUGAGGUGGUGGGAGAGGUCGUAUUCCCUAAUUUGUCAUUCGAUAAAGCCGAUAUUGAUUUUGGAGCUGUGUUCAACCACGCAGUGACCGAGGUGGCGGUCCGAGUAACCAACACGACGGAGGUGCCCUGCGAGUACAGCUGGGAAUUCAUCAUAGUGGAGGACUCGGCCAAGUCCACUGAUGAGCUCGUGAGGGUAGCCCCUAACGAAGAGUUCGACAUCCAGCCGAUCGCUGGGUCCAUCCCGGCCCACGCCACUGAGUCAGUAUACUUCCGCUUUAACGCAAACCCUGACCGGCGCUGUGAGGCUGUUGCGAGGUGCAACGUUGUGGGUGGUCCGAGCUACGAUAUCAAGCUUCGAGGGCAAGCCUCUGAUCUUGCUUAUCGCAUUGAUAGAACUCAUCUCGAAUUCGGUGAUGUUCAGUUCGACGACUUCGCCGAGCAAGAUCUGAUGAUAUUUAACAAGGGCUGCGUGCCUGUAUCCUACAGCGUAGAUCUACGAGGUAUGGGGAGGAGGGUGCUAGUGGUGACUCCCGAGACGGGGAAGAUCUGUGGCGAUGGCAAAGCUGGAUUGAAAAUUAAGUUCUUGCCGGGCAUCCCUUCGGAAAUCUCGGAGGCUUUCUUGAUACGAGUAUCGCAUUUACCUGCGGUGACUGUGAGCAUUCGAGGCCGCGGGGUGUACCCAGCCGUGGUCUUGAAUUUGCCGCGAUCCAACGCGGAGGAGCAUGCGAGGAAAGUGACGGACAUCGCAGAGGAGAUCUCAGUGGACGUUCCUCUGACGACUACACCGUCCAAAGGGCCAUCACGUUGGACAAGUUUCGCGACCUCUGAAAGUGCCAUGAUGUCUAAUACGUCCGAAUUGGCGAAUCUGAGAAGCUCUGCAGCGGCCCAGAAGAACAAACCAGUUGCGCCCACGGUGGCCUCCUCUACUAUGAGCCGUAUGGGUCCGUCUCGUGGGAUGGUCAGCGCACCGCCGCAUACAGUAGUACCGUUGAGUCAUCAUGCGCUGAAGUGCGCAGUCGAAGUGGACAGAAGAAGCCUUCGUGAUGCCUUGAUAGUUCUCGAGACUGCACAGGGCGAGUCGACGUCUGUGGCGCCAAUCAGUCGCAAGAGGACUCGAGAGUUAACUGGGCAGACUGUGGCCGGGAGUUAUGUUUGUGACUUUGGCGACAUUGUCUUGGGUCAUAGUCGUCGACAGCCUUUUACGGUAUAUAACUGUCAUACUUCUGAAGUCUCAUUGUCUAUCAACCGAAAGGAGCUCGUGGACGCGGGCUUCUUCGUCACCCCGGAACCUGUUGGAAGCAUUGCAUCAGGAGGGACUUUGAGUAUGGCGAUUAUAGCAGAGUUGCCCAAGGAAGCUGAGGAGGGUACGAGGGAACUGCUGUGGAAGCUGCCUAUACGGGACGGGCCGAGUUAUGCUAUUCAUAUCAAAGCUCGCCACGAGGUCCCACAGCUUACACUACCCGUCAGCAGAGUUGACUUUGGGAAAGUUGUUGUCGGGCAGCGGGCGAAGCGCUACCUGCGACUGGUCAAUGACAAGCAUGUUCCGGUCGAGUGGUCUUACCGAGUGCCGUCGAAGUCUGGUACUCCUCCUCUGCCAUGGAAGCUCCCCUUCGGGAUGACUCAGACCUUCGGGGUACUUGAACCUGGCCAAGACUCUAUUGUGGAAAUAUGUUUCACGCCCAAUGCAGUGGGAGCCUUCGAGGAGAAGUUAGCAUUACGCAUUAAGGACAAUAAGCACCCGGUUGUCAUAUAUCUAUGCGGCUUUGGGAGUGCUCUGGAAGUCAACGUUACGCCUUCAUCCUUCUUCCAGCUUGGUCCCAUCUUGCCCUACCAGAGCGAUCCGCCUUGUCGCCAGGAGAUGGUUCUUCACAAUCCCACCGAGUAUCCAAUUGAGAUAUACAGCUUGGAGUUCGACAGGGAAUAUAUUACUGAGGCGAAGAUGCUCAGUGAGUAUGAUGGCUAUGAUGAACACGGCAUUGCGGAGAUGCCGUUGAAGGAAGUGGGGACACCAAUAUGGCGCCGCAUAGCUCAGCACGUCGAGCGCAUCAGAUCCCAGGCCGCCCAAGAGGGCGAGGUGCUAGAGGUAGAGACGCCGACAACAGAACAAGUCCCGGAUGGGUUGACCACUGAAGUCCUGUUGGAUGAGGAGGGCGAUGAAAUGCCCGAACAAAGGGAGGAGGAUUAUCCUAAUCGUGUUCCUCCAGAGGAACGUCUGUCUGUUAUUCUCCUUGGACCACCCAAGACGGGCAAGUCUACGAUUGCUCACGCGCUUGAAGUGGAGCAUUCGAGGAAACGCCUCACUGUAGACGAGUGCAUCGAUUGGGUUCUCAGUAACCCUAAGAGCAUACGAGAUGAUUACGUAGCGGAGAAGCUCGUUCGGAAAAUCCGGGACGCGCAGGGCGAUACUCGAGCUGAAUCUGCUGAGGAAGUCCCCACCCUCGAAAGAGAUGACGUUGUUGCUGCUAUGAGAUACCGUCUUGACCUGCCCGAUUGCAAUGCCGGAGUUGUUUGGGACGGCUGCUCCCAAGGCUCGAAGUACGUAGGUGACGAUACAGUGGAAUGCAUCCUGGCAGCCAUUCCGGGAGAGGAGAGUGUGAAGUUCAUCACUUUCCGUAUUGAUAGCGCAUCUGAUGAGGGCAGUACCCCGGAAACUGCUCUAACUGCUUAUUACAGUAGGCUUGAGGAGGUUGUGGGUGAGGAACUACUCAAGGUUAAUGGAAGUCUGGCGGAGUCGGAACAGCAGGAGGAGCGAGAAGAUGCUCCCAACGAUGUGGAGAGUCUUGCCAGGGCGGAGUUACUCCGAAGAAAGGAAGAGUUGGAAGCCCUCGUGCAGUGGUUUAAGGAGGAGGGACCGGUCGCGAAAGCUGGGCAGUAUAUGGAUGAGUUGUCUGCACGCAUCAAUAGACUACAUCCUACGCCGCUGGGGCAAGAGGUGUCCAGUGAUGGCCGGGACACUGCUGAGGUCGGUGCUGGGGAGGAGACAACAGUGAACGGAGACGAUGACGCCGUUGAAGAAGUUUCUGUUCAAAAGCCGGGCACAUCCCGAAUAAGGACCUGGCAUGAGAUCUUGAUAACGGCGGAGGAACCCGAUCUGACGAAGACUGUAGAGCAGAUUCUAGCAACUGUCCAACCGCCUUCGUUCCCUCGGUAUGGUCGACUGCCCCCUUCGAAAACAGUACAGCUUAUCCGGAGACCGACUCAACGCGAGGCCCGAGCACCUUCCGGUCUCUUCACGUUGUUGACUCCUAUCGUGAACGACGAAGGUAUAGAGGAACUUCGAGAGCAAUCUCGAUGGGUUAUACAAUCAAAGGCGGAACAGCGCAUCAUUGUGCAGUUCUGUGUCACCAAGACGGGGACGUUCACAGAACAGUUGGGAUUCGAGAUUGUGGCCGGAGGAUUCUCACCAGUGCAGACUUUCGUGGACGUGACGGGCUUCGCUGGUUUCCCCAAGAUCAACAACGAUUCCCGCAACGUCUUUAUGAGGAGGGUCAAGAAUCGGCCACGUGGCGGUUACUCUAGGAAGCAAUUCAUAACCUCUCAGAAUGUGUUUGACUUCGGCCCGCUUCUGGCCGGUCGAACCAUCGAAAUGAGGGACGCACUUUUUGAGCUGGAUCGAGACGAUCCCGAGCGCCUGGCGGGCCAGGUUACUGAGGACCCGGAUACUUCGGAAGACUUCCCCCAGUUCUCGCUGGAGGAAUGCCCGUUCGUCAUUGAACCAUCGCAGUUCACUCUUGAGCAGGAUGAGACGAAGGACUUGCUACUAUGGUGCUUCCCACAGCGUGAGGGUCAGGUUCGAGACACAAUUACUAUUCUGGUGAAGGAUAACCCUGAAGUUUUCAAAUGGGAUGUUGAGGCUCUGGGCGGCAUUCCUGCGUUCGACCUCGACACCGAUCUGGUCGACUUUGGGAGCCUGAUGGUGAACCAACGAGACAGCCGUACGAUACGCAUGGAGAACGUCGCGGCCAUACCAAUCGAGUGGGAGUUGCUCGCUGCAGGCGGUGACCGGGCAGAGGACUCCGAGACGGUUCCUCCAGGAGAAAUCUCCAUAGAGCCCCUGAGUGGGCAUCUAGCUAUUGGUGAAGUAACUGAAAUCGCUAUCAUUUUCCACGCCGAAGAUACCGUUUCACAUGACUUUGUGAUGAACAUGGUGGUCCGAGACUGUGAAGGGCUCAACCGCUUCGCUCCUGAGCCCAGACCAAUCCAUUUCAAAGCUCAAGGCUUCAAGGUGCAGGUAUCUGUGGUGAUCCCGAGUAAGGCAGAUGGGUUAUCUUCAAACAUCAUAGACUUCGGGGAUGUCCGAGUAGGCCAGGUAGCUGAGAGGUCGUUCGAGCUUGUUAACGACGGUGAGCAUGCUGUUGAUUAUUCCCUCGUGGUGAGGGGUAAGAUGAUGCGUAGGCUGCUAUCGGUGGAUCCGGCGAGAUCGACCCUUGAGCCUGGUCACCGGCAGGCGGUCAGUACCGCUCUGGUCUGCCCAAGGGCCAUGUCAGUUAUACAAAGUCCGGAGCUGUUCAUGAAGCUUGUAGAGACUCGAACAAAAGAGGAAGUUAAACCGGAGAUGCCUCCGUUCAAGAUAACGGCGAAGGCGCACUUCAAUCGUGUGACUGUCAGUCCUUCAACCGACGUCGAUUUCGGAACCCUCAUUGCUGGCGAGGCCGCGCGCCAGAUCUUGAAGGUUACUAACGACGGAGUGUUUGAGACACCGUGGUCCCUCCUCGACAUGAGCAGGCUACCAGAUGCUCCCACCGACGGAAUCGUUCCCGCAUCGGAAUCCACAUGGACUGUAGGACCCUUCAGUGUAACACCCACCAGCGGAGCAUUGAUGCCUGGGGCAACUGUGGAACUGACUGUUACAUUCGCGGCUUCGGAGGAAGACAACUUUUCGGCCAAGUUUGGUCUGUUGGUCGAAGGAACAGAUUCGGGAGAGCCUAUCGUCGUCAAGGUAAUGGGCGAGAGCUACAUACCAGGACUAGACACCGAGAACAUGCACCUCCUGUUCGAGGAACAGUUCACGAGUAAAACGAGAGAGGACGCUGAGGCGAUAGCGGGCUCCGCCGAUCUCCGCGUGUAUUGCGAAGAUGAGAGGUUGUUCAGCUGUGGCCCUGUCAUGGUAGGCAGGUCGGUGACGGAACGGUUCAGAUUGUCGAACCCAACGGGUAUUACUGUUGAUGUUGAAUGUAAGAUUGAGAGUACUUCCGCUGGCACUCCAUACACUUUAUCACCAUCGAACCUGAGCAUCCCUCCUUUCGAGUACCGGUAUGUCACUAUGGCAUUCAACCCACAAGCGGUUGGGACAUUUGCUGCGAAGUUCUCAGCGGUAGUUCCAGCGGGAACUGACCCCUCAACGAAUAGUCUUACCUUCGACGUACAAGGUGAUGGCGUGUUGCCCGCUCUGACCUUGAAAGCCCCAGCUUUCACCACCACCACUGACGCGAAAAACUUGGGCUUCGAGUUUGGUGAGCUUCCGGUCGGAGCGACCCGAAACGUAUCUUUCCUCCUCACUAACGAGCAUCGUAUAGAUGCCACCUAUAGACUUGAGCGUAGCGGUUCAGGCAUGAGAUCCUUUAGCAUCACCGGUCCAGCGACUGAGACAUUGAAGCCUGGAGAGACUCGGCAAGUCAGGGUAGGAUACGCCCCUCAAGUGGCGUCCGACAACGAUGAGCUUCUACUGAAAAUUGUCACCGCGCAUAACGAAGAUGAGAGUCGCACGAUGAAGGUAACAGGACGCGGCGUAAUGCUACCGGUGGAGUGGUUGUUGCCUCAAGAAAACGACGAGGAGAAUGAAAGCGUUCCAUCAGUUGGCAGCUACUAUCUCCAUGACCUCCUAGAUCUCGGUGAUGUCCCGGUCGGGUCUGACAACGAAGUUACCCUCGGGCUGAAGAACAUAUCCGAUCACACACAGAGAUUUGAGCUGGCGGAGAUCGCGGAUCCUCAACUGCGGAACUGCAUCGACAUCGUGCCUUCAGUCGGCCAUGUAUAUGCAGGAGAGACCAAAACGGUGAUCGUACGAGUGAAGCCGGCGGAGAAGAUUGUCCUGGAAAAGGCUAGGCUCCUGUUCAAGCUUAUCGCGAUCGACGUGGACAGCGGGCGCGUGUCCUGGGAUAACUCACAACACGCUCGGCUCACUGGCAACGACGAACCAACUGCCCGACCAGAGCCCAUCCAUAACACUUUGAGUGACUCGCCGACUGAAUUGCCCCUAAGAGUCUCGGUCAGGGCUGACUCUAUAAGCUACUCUUGCACUCAAGAGGAACCUAUAGUUUUCGUAACGACGAUCCUCUACCACGCCAGGCAGCACACGUUCGUACUGGAGAACACCUCGGACAUCUCUUUCGACUACUCGUGGAGGGUUGCCAACACAGCGCACGGCUCGACAGCCCAUCGAGCCUUCACGGUGAAACCGUCAUCAGGAAGACUCUCCGCCCGGGCGAAACUUGAUGUUGUUGUACGGUUCAGUCCGACGGAGAUGUGCGAUUUCUCUACUGUGCGGCUAGAGCUUAUGCUUCCUCAAGUGGAUGAGGGAACACCCGCUCUGGCGCUCGAGCUGGACGCCUCAGCCACGUGCCCGGUGUGUCAUUUCGAGCUUAUCGAGUGCCCCACGUUGCCUGGUCGAGAUGACGUCAGAGUCAUCCAGUUCGAGUCUCUCGGUACUGGCGUCCGCAACCGCAAACGGUUCUGUGUGCUGAACACGACCAAGGAGAAAUACCGAUUCUUCUGGGUUGACCACCGCCAAGCUCUGCCUGAUGGCUGCGCGGCUGAUGAUGGUCUCGAUGAGCAAAAUGCCGGAGCGACGAUGCCGGGCAGCAGCCUACAACCUUUCGGGUGUGUGACCCGUGAUGGUGAGAUCGCCAGUGGCAAAAAGUACGAGAUGGAGCUCCUCUACACCCCUAUGACUACUGGCCGCCACGAGAGUUUUUGGACAUUCCGUGUACCAUCACAGAAUCUCGUAGUCCCUCUCCAGCUCGUGGGGACUGUGCGAGAGCCAAGAGUUGAUGUUGACUUGCCUAGUGUCAACUUUGGCAAAGUACGUCACAGGGCAGUCGCCCCCGGCUGCGGUGUCCGUCACCAUCACUUGCAGGUUCUCAUCAACUACGAGACUCGGCGAACUGUCAACCUAGUGAAUCGUGAGCAUCUGCCAUUUCAAUUCGUUAUCGACUCGGGGAGUUGGCUGGACCCUCCACUCACUGUAUCCCCUAUGAAAGGUGUAGUUAGUCCCGGCACUAAUCUGCCCAUUACCGUUACAUUCAAGCCUUUCGAAGAACGAGUAUAUAACUUCAACGUCGUCGUGAAUGUUAAGAGGAAGGUUGAACCCGUGAUAUUGAAUGUUAAAGGGAGCGCUUACGAGAUCAAGACUACAGUGACACUGCUGACGGCACCCGAUGCUGACUCUGGGCAAGAGCUCUUCUCAAAGGUGCAGUACGACUUUGGUUCCAUGCAG